AUGGAAGAUAUAUCAAAAGCUACUUUAGAAUAUUCUACUCUCUACUGUUGUUAUUAUCAAGGCUGUAAUAAUCAAUAUUCAACAAAGUUUAAUCUCAAGCAUCACAUAGAAACUAUACAUUUAAAAACCAAGAGAUUUAUAUGUGAGAUUUGCCAAAAAUGUUUAUCAAGCAAGCAAAAUUAUAAAAAACACAUGAGUAUACACAAAGGAGCCAAGCCAUUUGCGUGCAAUUAUUGUGGAAAAUGCUAUAUUCAAGAAGAACAAUUAUCUAUCCAUAAAAGAGUUCACAAUAAAGAUGGAAAAAAAGUAUCCGUUGAAGCAAUAGACACAGCUUCAAUAAAAAUAGCUCGCUUCAUUAUGAAACAAUUUGAAAAGAUAACCUGGGAAGAACUAGAAUCAAAUCAGCCUCAAUUGCCAAUUCUUCAAAGAAGUUAUAAACAAUUGACAAACUUACCUUCUUUUUACAGCAUUCUCAAGAAGCUUAAAAAGGAAAACAAUAUCUAA